ACAAUCACCUCCUCCCCACUGCCCGAUACAGAAAACCAACCGGCCGUCGCCGCUGCCGUCGCCAUCGCAUCCGCAACCGAAUCAUCCAUAGAGCCGGAUCUAGCUAUCAACAUGGAGACGGAUGAAGAGGUGCUCACUCGACUGCUCGAGUCGGCCGAGGCAGAGGGUGAGCACGAGAAUACCUGGCGUAGCCAUCGCACCGAAACGGGCAUGCUGGCCGAGAGGGACGAAGCGCGGCCAUUGCUGCCGGUGCGUUGCUGUCGCGUCUGGUUGCCACGGCGACGAACUCUGCCGGUGCUGAUGACACAGACGCCGGUGCAACCAUGCGUGAAGACGGCAGGCCAGCGGGCCGAUAAGCCUGGUGCACUCGGCUCCGCGCCUCGAGACGAGAUCGUGACGUCGCGAGGCGACAGAUCGGCCGAGGCCAGAGGAGGAGACGGACACAAAAUGAGGGUCAGUUUGGUUUGCCAGUUUUGUCGUGGUCCACAUUCUGGCGCCUCGUCCUUAUUGCAGAAUUAG